CCCAACAACCUUGCCGGGAGGCCCUGGAGCUCCGCGGUGCUGUCGCGCCUACGAGGGACCUGCCCAACGUACGUCCCAAUCACGGGUGGGACUGUGGGCCUGCCCCGGCGCCGCCGCUCCUGCGCCCUCGACAGCGAAAGGGAUUGACUGACGCUACUUGGAUUAAUUUGACGAUCUCCUAGGAGACUCGAAGUUAAAUUUCUAUAAACAAAUAAACUAGUUCUCUCUCAUUUGGAGCAAUGCUGAAGUUCCAAGAGGCUGCUAAGUGUGUGAGUGGACCAAUAGCCCUUUCUGCUUAUCCAAAGACCUUGAUUGCAAGAAGAUAUGUAGUUCAACAGAAACUUGGUAGUGGAAGUUUUGGAACUGUCUAUCUGGUCUCAGACAAGAAAGCAAAACAAGGAGAGGAAUUUAUAGAUGUCUGCAAUGGGCACCUGCACUGUAUCAUGAUGCUAUUUGAGCCCCCAAAACUCUGCUACAUGCUGGUGAUCAGGAGUGGAGAGGAAAAGACCAGAAAAGUACUGAAGGAAAUCUCUGUGGGAGAACUCAAUCCAAAUGAGACUGUGCAGGCCAAUUUGGAGGCCCAGCUCCUUUCCAAGCUGGACCACCCAGCCAUUGUCAAGUUCCAUGCAAGCUUUGUGGAGCAAGAUAAUUUCUGCAUUAUCACUGAGUACUGUGAGGGCCGAGACCUGGACUGUAAAAUUCAGGAAUAUAAAGAAGCUGGAAAAACCUUUCCGGAAAGUCAGAUAAUCGAAUGGUUUAUCCAGCUGUUGCUAGGAGUUGACUACAUGCAUGAAAGGAAGAUACUUCAUCGAGACCUGAAAUCAAAGAAUAUAUUUCUGAAAAAUAAUCUGCUUAAAAUUGGGGAUUUUGGAGUUUCUCGACUCCUAAUGGGAUCCUGUGAUCUAGCCACCACUUUAACUGGAACUCCUCAUUACAUGAGUCCAGAAGCUCUGAAACACCAAGGUUACAACACAAAGUCGGACAUCUGGUCUCUGGCAUGCAUUUUAUAUGAGAUGUGCUGCAUGAACCAUGCGUUCACUGGCUCCAAUUUCUUGUCCAUUGUUUUAAAAAUUGUUGAAGGUGACACGCCUUCUCUCCCCCAGAGAUACCCAAGAGAACUGAAUACCAUCAUGGAACGCAUGUUGAACAAGAGUCCUUCAUUGAGACCAUCUGCUAUAGAAAUUUUAAAAAUUCCUUACAUUGAUGAACAACUACAGAUUAGAAAUUUUGAUGCAGAGAAUCUACCUCUGGUGCACCUGAUGUGUAGAUAUUCGGAGAUGACUCUGGAAGACAAGAAUUUGAAUUGUCAGGAGGAGGCUGCUCAGAUAAUUAAUGCCAUGCAAAAAAAGAUCCACCUGCAGACUCUGCGGGCGCUGUCUGAAGUCCAGAAAAUGACACCAAGAGAAAGGAUGCGGCUGAGGAAGCUCCAGGCAGCUGAUGAGAAGGCCAGGAAGCUGAAAAAGCUUGCAGAAGAAAAAUAUGAAGAAAAUAACAAACGAAUGCAGGAGUUGAGAUCUCGGAACUCUGAGCAGCUAACUAUUGAUGUUCUCCAUGAAUCUGAUGACCUGACUUCAGAGAACCUGCCUGAGUCUCAGCCCAUUCCUUCCUUGGAUCUUGGCCCACUUGAGUCAAGUAUAGAAGACACCACAGCUGACCUUGGAGAUCAUGGCAUCCCAGAAGACCCGCUUGUGGCUGAAGAAUAUUAUGCUGAUGCAUUUGAUUCCUGUUCUGGAGAAAGUGAGGAGGAGGAAGAAGAAAUAGUGUUCUCAGGACCGGAGGAAGAGGUUAAGGAUGAAGGACCCCAGCCUGCUUACAGAACAAUCCAACAGGACAGUGAUAUUGAAGCACUGGUCAGGUGUUUGGAAAAUGUCCUCGGUUGCACCUCUCCAGAUGCGAGGACGAUCCCCAGCACAGCUCCAGACGUGUCCCCGGGACUAACAACAUUCAACAGCACAGUGGCCGCGACCAAGAUGAAACACAUGAGGGAGUCACAAGACAUGGAUUCCAUCUUGCUUUCUCUUGGAUCACUCACUCUGAAGGAAGCUGGCUACCAUCUUGUGAGGACACUCAAGCAACUGUAUGGAGAGAUCUAUGUGAUACAGAAUUGAGGCUUCUGCCAACAGCCAGCGCCAAGUUGAGCCACCAGGAAAGCAAAUUCUCCAGCCCUAAUCAUGCCUUCAUUUGACUGUAGCCCUUGCUUACAUCUGGACUAAAACAUCACAAGAAACUCUCUGGAGCCAGAGCCAUCCAGCUAAGCCAUUCCUUAAUUCCUGACCCACAGACAAUGUGAAAUAAUAAGUGUUCACUGUUGUCUUAAGCCACUACAUUUCCCAAUAUGAUUCAGUAAUAGAUCACUAAUAUAGAAGGCAAUGCUCAGAUCUGAGCUGCUGUGUUCUAUAGCCAGGGGCAGCCCCUAAAGAGAUAUCACCAGGGCAUGGCUUUUAGCUGCCUCAUGAAACUGUGUGGAGGGCAGGUUUGAACAGCACGAGACUGGGGGCAGGACAGAGAGGCAGUUAGUUGUGUCCAGGUGAGAAAAGUUCAAGUCAGGGCACUGAUGAUGAGGGAGCAUAAGUCAAACUGAAGCAAAGUACAGGCCAACAGCAUCCCCUCUCCCCACCAGGUGGGAUAUGUGUGAUAGUCCUCAGGCCCUCCUGGCUGCCCAAAAACAGAAGAAAGGAAAGAAAGCAAAUGGUUGACUGAUAGAGAUCAUGGCCAUGCAGGACAGGAGUCUCCUUCAGUUUAUGGAUAACUUAGUAAACUGCAAGAAAAGGCAAUCUUAUCCAUAGCCUAAUCUCUAGAAACCUACAGACUCCAUUUCCUGGAGCCCUAAUAUCACCCUCAUCAAGAUAUAAGGAGGUUUAAUUGCUUGAUAUGGUAAUGUGGGAAACUAAAGGAAAUGAAAAAUUAAAUUUCCUUACUGCCUACACCCCACUGACAAGUCCUUGAAACAGGUAGAGUGACCUUCCUCUAGGAGCUCAGUUGCCUUGAUGAUGACACUUGCUAGGGCUUGGCUUAACAUUAUCCUGAUCCCCCAGGAUCCUGUGAGUCUCCUUAAACACAUAAAAAUUCCUUUGCAAGCCCCCUUUAUCUUUAACCCCCAAGUAUAUGUUAGCAAUUAUACUCCAAACCUAUGACCCAUGAUACACAUCUGAAGGGUCUCAUGACUGAGGUUUUCUAAACAGUAAUAACAAUGUUUUCCUACUAACCACUAGCCUCUCAAGGUCCUGGAAACCUUGCUUCCAAAAUUGCUUAGAGAUUUACACUGUCCCUAACCCCGUUCCAACCUGAAGGUAUAUAAUCAGCCACUCUUCACAACCCUAGGCGGUGCUUUCUGCCCAUGGGUACUGUCCCCAUGCUUUAAUAAAAAUCACUUUGCACCAAAGACGUCUUCAAGAAUUCUUUCUUGGCCAUCAGCUCCAAACCCCACCAUCACCCCAAAACCCCAUCACUGACAAUGGAGUCAAUUCAAGGGAAUCAGAAGAACCGAGAACUGAUUUGUGGGGGGGUGGUUUGUGAGGACUCCUAGGUUUCCAGCAUGGGUGACUGGGCCAUUCA